AUGGAUGUCGUCGCCUACAAUGCUGCCAUCAGUUCUCAUGCGAAAGGCAGCAGCUGGCAGGAAGCCCUCCGCCUCUUUGACACGCUGCCGGCAGCGCGGCUGUGGCCGACGGAGGUCUCGUAUACCGCAGCCAUCACGGCGUGCGCGCGGGGCGAGCUCUGGCAGAGUGCCCUCAGCUUGCUGGAAGAGAUCCCGUUGGUGCAGCUGCAGACAAACAUCAUCACAUUCGGCGCUGCUCUGGGCGCCGUCGAGAAGAGCAAGAGGUGGCAGCAGGUCCUGCACUUGUUAGGUGAACUUCCCGAACGUGGCCUGCAAGCUAAUGUCAUCACCUGCAGCACGGCCAUCACCGCCUGCGAGGAUCAAUGGGCCCUUGCUUUGGAACUGUUGCGCGACCUCUGCGAAAGCCAUCUGGAACCCAACGUGAUUACGUGCAAUGCAGCCCUCAGUGCCUGUGGCAACUGCGAGGAAUGGCAGCAGGCGCUGAAGCUUUUCGCUGAGCUGAAAAUGUCACAGCUCUCAGCCUCCGUCGUUACGUACAGCACAGUGAUCAGCGCCUGCAGAGGAGAGCGAUGGCAGCAGGCCUUGGCCUUCUUCGCGGAGCUGCGCAGCACGGCGAUGGAGGCAAACAUCGUGGCCUUCGGGUCUGCGAUGGCCGCAUUGGCGGCGGGCAGUCAGUGGCAGCGAACUGCACAUCUCCUAGCAGAGAUGGAGGAGGCAUUGCUGACACCCAACUUGCUAACAUGCAGCACAUGCAUCAGCGCCUGCGACGCCUCUGCACGUUGGCCUGAUGCUUUGCACCUGCUCUGCCGCCUGGGGGAUCUGGACCUGCAACCGGAUGACGUCGCCCUCAGCUCGGUUCUGAGUGCGGCCGUGGCCGGGGCUUGGCAGCGCGCACAGGUGCUCCUGCAAGCCUGGCAGCACGAGGUUUCCGGAUGCGCAGCCAUCGGCGUCUAUGACAGGAGCUCGAGCUGGAAGGGAGCACUGGCCGUUCACCGUGGCGACGUUGCAUCUCUUAAUGCCGCCCUUUGGGUGUGUAAGGCGGUCGAGAAGUGGCGCUUGGCCUGUGCAGCAGUCAGCGCCGCUUGCCAGGUCGACCUCCGCCCCGACGAGAUGUCCUGGAAUGCUGCCACCGGAGCUUGUGCCGCCUCUAGUCGUUGGCAGCACGCUUUGCUGCAGCUUCGAGCACGCCUGACGACAGCCUUGCCACCCGGUUUGAGCACGAUGACCCACAGCGUGGUCCUGAGCGCCCUUGAGAAGGCGGCACGCUGGCCGAGGGCCACGCAGCUCCUCGCAGCGCUGCAGGGGGAGCGUGCAGUCCCUGAUGUCGUCAGCUUCAAUGCCGCAAUCAGCGCUUGUGCCAACGAUUGGCCUCAAGCCGUGCAGCUCCUUGCAACGCUACGUCGGACCAUCGUCGAGGCCGGUGUCAUCACUUACAAUGCCAUCAUCAGCGCACUGGAGAAAGCGGAAGACUGGCCACGAGCCCUGAUGGUGCUGGCGGAGCUCCGAAGCAGCGCUUUGGAAGAAGAUGCCUUCACCUUGAGCGCAGCCAUCAGCGCAUGCGAAAAAGGAAAGCAGUGGGAGCGUGCGCUGGUGCUGCUGCAGGAGCUUCGUGAAAGCGGGCUUCAGAUGGAGGCAAUCACCUACAAUGCGGCGAUCAGCGCUUGCGAGAAGAGCUGGCAGUGGCAGCGCGCCUUGGCGCUCUUCUCCGUUCUUUUGGGUGUUGGUCUCGCUGGAAGCGUGAUCACCUACAACGCCCUCAUCACUGCAUGUGGCAAGUGCCUGCAGUGGCGACACGUGCAUGCUCUUCUCCAUGCGAUGGAAGAAGAUCAGCUGGAGGCGAACUUGUUCACCUGCAAUGCCGUGAUCAGCGCCUACCAGAAAGCCGAGCAGUGGCCUCUGGCAUUGGGGCGCAUGCUGCGUGUAGCAAUGGAGAAAGCAAAAAGUAACCUGGCCAGAAGACGAGCCCGGAUCUGGCUAGCUCACGUAGCUGCAUGGCUCGUAUAUGCUCCUCGCGGCUAUGUUCCUGGUAUCAGAGAGAUGGACCUGCUGCGAAGGUUUUUGUCGAAGGUUGGCGACGGCAGACACCUGUCGACUUCACAACAAAACAUCCUUCGCAAGGUGCAACCUGUGCUGGAACAUGCCACUGCAGCCGAUCCAGCCUGGGAGCAAAUGCGCAGGAAGCUUCUGCGAAAACUCGAUCGGUUCAGGCAAUGCAGUGAUGCUGAGCAUCAUCGCGAAGGUCCGGUCAUGAGCGAUGGAGACGUGGCUGAGGCCGAGUCGAACGAGACGCUCAAGAGUAAGAGCAUCCGGAAGCACAGAUGCUUGACGCCGUCGCAGCCCAGUGCAAUCGAUUCUGAAGCUGGCGACGAGGUCGGCCACAGCCGGCAGACACCACUCCACCUCUUCAGCAAGAUGAACGAGUGGACGAACAUGGUCAACGAGGAGAGGCUAGCUUGUCUACAGAGACUCGAGCUUGAUAGAAAAAACGGAAGAAAGGCAAACCAGGCUGCACUUGCUGAGGUGCUUUACACAGUUGCAGCUGCUUUAUCUCCUCCUCGCAAGUCGACGGCUUACAAUGAGAGUUCAGAGAACGACGCGGCAUCCUGUGCCGAUGCCCCGAUCGGGGAAGUACCGGCGAAUCUGCAGCGCCGCGCAAGGUCCUUGUUGUUGCAGCUGCUGCGCGACUGGAAGGACCUGGGUUUCGAUUGUGGCCAGAUCCAGACCCUCCUGGAGCACGUCAAUCGGCAACUGUCCAGGUUUGAAGCCAAGGCGAGGAAGUGUCGUGUCAUGGAUAAGGCAGACGCUGAAUUUCAAGUUCAUGCCGAGACAACAAACGAAGUAAAGGAUCCGCUUUUUGGGAACAACUGUUCUGCGCUUUGGCAGCUCACGAUUGCUUUCCAGGUGCACCUUAGAAAAGCCCGUACGAUGAUCCUAUGA